GAAUUUCUCUAUCACCUUCGCCUGUUAUGCUCGACCUCAAAUGGCUGGUCCUCUGCUUCUUCGGGACGCUCUAUUUCCUUACUCUCGGCUCCACAGCUACCGGCGUUUCGUAGCGGGAAUCGCUGUGACUGAGACGCCUCACCGCAUAUUGUGCUGUGCCCCCACCAACUGGGAGCCUGGACGAGCAGAUGAGAAAGCUAGCUAUGCUGCUCAAAUCUCCAAGCUGCUGAGAGCUAAGGACCUUGCAACUCAACCUAGGUCGGACGACCCCGAUUAUCGGAAAUGGAAGGAUAAAGAAAAAGAGAUCCUCAAGGACAUUGAACCAAUUGUUAGGCUAACAAAGGAUAUCCUCCACUCGCGAAGGUACAUGGAUGGAGAGCAAUUGACAGCUGAGGAUGAGAAAGUUGUGGUAGAGAAGCUUCUUGCUUACCAUCCACGUUCUGAAGACAAGAUUGGAUGCGGUCUUGAGUCAAUUAUGGUCGAUCGUCAUCCCCAGUUUAGAUGCUCAAGAUGUCUUUUUGUUGUAAGAACUGACGGUGGCUGGAUCGACUUCUCGUACCAGAAGUGCCUUCGUGAGUAUAUUAGAAAUAAAUACCCGUCUCAUGCAGAAAGGUUUAUCCGAGAACAUUUAAAGCGAGGGGGUCGUUGAUAUGUAUAUUUUGGAACUUGAUUACUGAUUUUGGCUUCUCAGUCUAACAAUAUCGUGACUGCUGCCUCGUUUAAUUUUUUGGCCCCCAUUGUUCAAUGCUCUCUACCUAGUUUUAUCGAUUUGUCAAUGGUGGUUGAUAACCAUUGACCAGCAUAUCAAGCUUUUUCGUUAAGUGACAUAGAAAAUGAUUGAAGUUGAGCUUCACUUUGUUGACUUGUGUCUUGCGAAAUGUUGUGUUAGCGUUGCAGGAAUUGGUGGUUAGGUAACCUAUAGGUAAUAAGAAUGAAGCUUUGAAUGAAGGGAAAGACCGCCCUCAUCAUUGUAUAGUUUGUCUUCUUUAAUAUGCACGGUCUUCUGAGGGUUGAAAACUAGACCACCUAGACCUUUGGAGGGUGAUUUCCAACAGAAUAUGGAGUCAUUUGCUAAGCAUCACAAGGUUGCUGUUAGCGGAACAAACUUCUGCAGGAAAGGCAUAGCAGGAACCUUGGGAAUCCCGCAAAAUGAGUGGGAAGUCGAAGAUUGUGGCGUGGACUCAUUGUGGGUUGCAAUUUGAGUUAUGGAGAGUAAUAUUUGGUCACGGGAUGUGCGAGAGUAGCAGUUAAGUUCGGACACUGAGAGUCAAAAGUUUGGAGCUAUUCGCUGGAAGCAGUUUGCCCAACUAGGUUGAUGUUUCGUUCUGUGGGGUCUCUGCGCAGGUCAAAACGGCGAGGAACUGUGUUCGCCCUCCUUUUAGAUGCUAGGCUGAAGCCGUGUUGCCAAAUCUGGAGACAGAAUCAUGUUUCUUCCUGUUAUUGUUUUUGUUAUUUAGUCAAACCGUUAGUAGCAAUAAUAUCAUCCACUAGUGUUGAGCUGUGGCGUUUUUAAACAUGAA